AUGGCAGUUUUUAGAAGACUUUGCUGCCCAAACCUCCUUGCACUGUCGCUAUUCUUGUGGACCUUGCUGCUGGGAAUGCAUGUAAGUGCUCGGCCAGCCAAUGCACCCGCUCCAAAAGACAAGCCUGUAUCCAACAAGGAAGAGAAUGAGAUUCUUCCACCGGGUCACCUUAAUGGCGUGAAGAUGGAAAUGGAUGGCCACCUAAACAAGGAUUUCCACCAAGAGGUCUUCUUGGGCAAAGAUAUGGAGGAGUUUGAAGAAGAUUCUGAGCCAAGGCGGAACAGAAAGAAGCUUAUUGACAUCUUCUCCAAAGUGGAUUUCAACAAGGAUCACAGUGUGAGUGCCAAGGAGAUGCAGCGCUGGAUUAUGGAGAAAACAGAGGAACAUUUUCAAGAGGCUAUGAGGGAGAACAAGAACAGCUUCCAUGCUGUUGAUCCAGAUGGUGAUGGUCAUGUGACUUGGGAUGAAUACAAAAUCAAGUUUCUUGCCAGCAAAGGUUUUGAUGAAAAGGAGCUUGCAGAGAAAAUCAAGAAAAACGAAGAUCUUAAACUGGAUGAUGAAACUCAAGAGGUCUUAGAGAGCUUGAAAGACCGCUGGUUCCAGGCAGAUAACCCUCCGGCUGACCAAUUGCUCAACGAGCAGGAGUUCCUGUCAUUCUUGCACCCAGAGCACAGCAGAGGCAUGCUGAAAUACAUGGUCAAGGAGAUAAUGCGUGACUUGGACCAGGACGGUGACCAGAAGCUGACUUUGUCAGAGUUCAUCUCCCUCCCUAUGGGGACUGUGAUGAACCAGGAGGGCCAGGACAUUGAUGACGAUUGGGUAAGAGAGCGCAGGAAGGAGUUCGUGGACGUUCUCGACGCCAACCACGAUGGCAUUGUCACCAUGGAAGAACUGGAGGAGUACAUGGAUCCAAUGAAUGAGCAUAACGCUCUGAACGAAGCCAAACAGAUGAUCGCGGUGGCCGACGAGAACCAGAACCACAGCCUGGAGCUGGAAGAGAUUCUCAAGUACAGCGAGUACUUCACCGGCAGCAAACUGAUGGACUAUGCCAAGAACGUUCACGAGGAGUUCUGA